AUGAAUCUGGACUCAGUGGAUGACGUGAAAAAGUUUGGAGUCUCUCAGCUCCAGACUAUUAUUGUUCCAGACCUUGGCGACACCAUGGACGCACACCGCGGCGCGCCCCCGGCCGGACAGCAGGUCGUGCACGUCCGCGGGGACUCGCAGACGGAGCUGGAGGCGCUCUUCAGCGCGGUGAUGAACCCCAACAAAGCCGUCAGACAGCCGGCCUCUCUGCCCAUGAGGAUGAGGAAGCUGCCGGACUCUUUCUUCAGACAGCCGGAUCCCCGUGGCCACUCCAGACAAGCCAGUUCAGAUGGAGGUGUGUGCGGCACCCUCACUCCCCAUCACGUCCGCGCCCAUUCCUCUCCAGCCUCCCUGCCCGUCAACUCCCUCUCCACUCAAACAGCAGAUGUAGCAGCAACACCAAUCAUACCUGAUGACGUGCCACUCCCCCACGGUUGGGAAAUGGCCAAAACCUCAACCGGCCAGCGAUACUUCCUCAAUCACCACGAUAAGACAACCACCUGGCACGACCCACGUCUCUCACAGCUUCAGUCGCCUGCAGCCCAGCAUCCCAUCGCUGGGCCUCCACUCCACGCUCACUCCCUCAGCAACCCAGCACAGACCACACAACAACAAAACAUCAAUCCAGAGACAGGUCCACUGCCUGAAGGCUGGGAGCAGGCUGUGACUGCAGAUGGAGAGGUGUACUACAUCGAUCACAUAAAUAAGUCCACCACAUGGGUCGACCCGCGUCUAGCACAGAAUAUGAACCCUGGAAUCCUUGGCAUGGUGAUGCAGCAGAGACAGGAAAAAGAACGGCUCCGAUGCAAGCAAGGCCACCCUCCACAGGCCGCACCUCAGGAGGUAGGGGGGAGAAACCAGAUGUCCGGUGGGAUUGACCAUGACAGGAACUCACAGACACUUGUCCCAAACUUGGACGUCAGGAUCAGAUCCUCAAACCAUGAACCAACACUUAAUGGCGCUCACUCACGCAAUGAGAGCACAGACAGUGGUCUGAGUGUCAGCAGUUUACCCCGCACAUCGGACCACAUGUUGAGCUCCGUGGAUCACAUGGAUACUGGCGACUCUGGAGAGAACUCAUCGAUUACCUUACAGGAGUCCAUGCCUGUCAUGCCAAUGUCUGAGGGCGACGAGUUAAUGCCGUGCAUUCCCGAGGGUCUCAGUUCGGACCUUCUGAUGGACAUGGAGACGGUUCUCUCUGGAUCACACAUGGAGAGAGACAGCCUGCUCACAUGGCUAUAG